AUGGCACAGCAAAUUACAGAUUUUGCUCUUUGUCCCUCCUGAAUAGGGACUCCUGUGCUUUUUGGUCAAAAACACGACAGCUAUGCACACAAGGGCUAGGAAAUGAGAGAUUUACCUACAAAAAUAAACCUAAUUGCAGUGCUUGUGGGCAGCGAGCAGAAAUAGAAUAAAAGCUGGCCAGGAGGCCAAUGUAGAAGUGCAGCCAGGCAUGCAGCCAGCCCGCAGGGCUGACUACAAAUCCCAUCACGCCAGGGGAAGGGCUGUGCCUAGCACGCAGCUGCCUGCUUCCUGCUGGCCCCAGAGAGAUAUAAGCAGCAGCACCUGGGUGAAGUGGGGCAGAGGAGUGGAUGCUGCGUUAGAUGAGGAGACAGCACUGGUGGCUGAAAUUGGAAGAUGGCAGAGCCUGAAAGCACAGUCAUCAAUACCGAUGUGAAACAGAAAGAUCCCAGCGAGGCACUGGUCAUCGCAGUGACCACCAGAGCCAUCUUCGACUUGGAAGAGGAGCACCAGCUCUACCUGGAGAAAGGAAAGGAGGAAUAUGCGAGGCACCAACAGGCCAACCAGGACAAGCCCCUGCCCCCAGGCACAGCCUUUGCCUUCAUCCAGGCAGCACAGUAUGUGAAUAAGAAGAUCCUGGAGAGCAACCCAGCAGAGAAGGGCCUCUUUGACAUCCUGGUGCUCUCCAACAACAGCCCAGAGAGUGGCGUGCGCAUCAUCAACAGUGCCAAGCACUACGGCCUGGAGAUUUCCAAGUUCUGCUUUGUCAGUGAUGAGGACUCCACGCAGUACCUGAAGUCCCACAGGGUGAAACUGUUCCUCUCAGCUGACAGGACAGAUGUCUGCAAUGCCCUCCGAAGAGGGGUUUCGGCAGCACUCGUCUUCCAGCAGGAGGUGCAGGCCCCCAGCACCCUGCUGCGUGUGGCCUUUGAUGGAGAUGCUGUGCUUUUCUCCGAUGAGACAGACCAGAUCUUCCGGGAGCAGGGCCUGGAGGGAGCCAUGCAAUAUGAGCGGGAGAUGGAGGCUGUGCCUAUAGGAGAGGGUCCCAUAAAAGCCUUUGCCAUGCACCUGGGGAAUAUGCGCAAGAAGUUCAGUCAGGAGGAGUCCCCCAUUCGCACCUACCUGGUGACAGCCCGCAGUGGCCGGGACAUGGGCAUCCGAGCCAUCAAGACACUCCGGGAAUGGGGUCUGGCCAUCGAUGAAGCCUUCUUCAUGGAUGGAGCUCCCAAGGGCCCCAUUCUUGCUCAAAUCCAGCCGCAUAUUUUCUUCGAUGAUGGCCUUCAUAACAUCCAGGGGGCUCAAGAUGUGGGUGUGCCCUCGGCAUGGGUCCCCUCGUGCUGCUGACAGACUAAGAACCUGCAGCCUUCCUUUCCCCUCUCCAGCAGAUAGGACUGAGCCAGCUGAUGGCAGACCUGGUGGGAGGGGAAGAAUUUCCCAGCCUGCAACAAGAACCCCAGGGGGUGAAAGCAUUGCACAGUAACACGAGCUACCAGGGAAGACCUGAUGCUCAGUCCUGCUCCUGACACAAGAUCCUCCAGGCCUCAAAAGCCAAGGGUUGCAACCACUGCAGGAAGAACAAACACCCUCUUAGAAGACUCACACAGCCCCUGGAGCAGCAGCAUAAAGAUCACAGACAAGACCAGGUUGCAAUACAGGUCCAUCCAGGAGAGGGCACUGGAGACAACCACCUACACCAGCAGCGAGGCAGGGAGCAGAGCUUCAGGCUAUUACUCCACAGCUCCAAACAGCAGCAUGAGCCAAAGCCUGUGCUUAAAUAGGGACGUGGGUGGUGGGCAUAGGUGGGGGUCCCAGGUGUGCCUGCUUAGGGUGGGUGGGUUCUGAGUGCCCUACCCUGAUGACCCUGUGUGGGGAUGUCUUUUCUUUGUCAGUUUUGACUCUGCUUCUUAUGUUUCCAGACAGAAAGCAACCCCCAAAGCUUCCCCUGCAGUGAAAGCUUCCCCUUUUCUCUCUAGGGCUGAAUGCUAGGGGCUGCCACUAGAGGCCGCUGCACUGCCUUGCUGUCACCUCUGCUAUUGGGAAACACGGUGGGUCCUCAAAAACCACCACCAAAAACCAGCCAUUCACCCCCACUCGAUCUUGAAACUGGAAGUUCUCUCCAGUGUGUUAACUUUCCAUCCAUUUUUUUUCAAAAAGGAAAACAAAAAUAUAAUAAACUGAAAUACAGAUUUUAGGGCAGACUUCAGAGAAAUUAGUUUUGGUUUCUUGUUGUUUUUAAAGAUUUGUCACCUUCACCAAUGCUUUUUCACUCAAUAAAUAGUAAAUAACAGCUGUGUGAUUUGCUGGUGUCUCUGGUUGAGCUUAGUGUGAUGUCUCAGAGUUGCUUUGCAGACACCAGGGUUUUUUGUCCUGUACUUACUCAGAUAUGCACACGGGGGGCCCAUCAAGCUAGGCUGAUCACAGGAAGCCUUCAGUAGGCUCUGGAUUAGCUCCCUGCAGAGCAAAGGCCAUCAAAACCCUCAUCCAAACCUCAGAAAAUGCCAAAUUUUUUAAUGUAUCACCAGUGAGUCCCCAUCCUGUGUACCAUCAUACCUCAGUGUUAGUUCCCACGCCUUCCACCCAAGGGACUUUUGCCUCCUGGACCACAGAACUGUGGCCGAGGCAGCUGCCCCCACCACAGGCCAUGGGGUGGGCACUCAUGUUCCCAUCUGUGUCUCUGCUGCUCUGGUUUUGGGGCAGGUCUUGCUCUGCAAGAAGAGCUGCUGGAGGAACUCACCUCCAAAACAACUUUUUUUCCAAGUCUAGAUGCUGAAAUCACAUGUCUGAAAGUAGCCACAUCAAUAACAUCAGCUCCUAAUCAUUUGCUAAUAAUGCUAAAUACCUGUCAACCUCAAUCAGUGAGCAAACAUUAAUUACGGGGUGUUCCAAACAAGCAGGGGCAGAUGUUCAUCACGUUUUUAUGGAAGUCAGAUAGUGUCGGACAAGGUGGCCCAGUAUUGGUGUCUGACCUCGCUCAUCAUGCAGGGCUUGGUGGCAUCUCAUGGUGGGGACUUUGGCCCCCUGUGCUGCUCUGGCCUUUUCCAAUGCUGCUGUGGUUUUGGAAGAUGAGGCAAUCCCUUGCCCCCGGGUGAAGCUGAAUUUAACACUGGCUUAGUCAAUGCCUUGGGUGAGGGGAUUAGCUGAGCCAAGGCUCUGGGGAUGAGAGCACAUGAGCAGUGGCAGAGUGCAAGGUGCUGAGGCAAGGGAAACACACCACGUGCCUUCCUCCAGCACUGUCAGGAGGAAGGAUGACAAUGCAAAAUGUGUCCAAAAUGGGGAAAAAAGAAAAGGAAGCACAAAGUUUGGGGGAUUGCAUCAUUGUAGGGCCAAGUGCUGCUGCUUUGGGCCAUUGCCUGUGGCUUUCCCCACUCUGUUCCAAAGGUGGAGUGUCGAGAACAGCCUCCAGCAAGCGCUGCUUCAUUAGCCACCUGCUGCAUGGGGAAACAUCUUGCUUCCACCUUACAGACACCUGGAAUAAAUUCAUUAAGGGUUGGGACAACAAUGCUGUUAUCGUUGCUUGGGAUAAUCCUCAUGUCUUGGCUCUCCCAGGCAUUUCCAAAGGUGCAGAGGGGGCUCUUGCACUUGAUUUUGGCCAUUGCUUCUCAGUACAUUUUGGCAUCUCACACUGCCCCAGCCAAAGCUGCCAAAUGCUGGGGCUUCCCCGGGUAUUGUCCGAGCACUCAUGGGGACACCCCCAGGACCCUAACCCUAAGCCAAAGGGCAGAUCCAUCUGGAAAUUAGAGGAGAUCAUUAAAAAAUAGUGCUGGUGGGAAAAAGAAGAGAGAUGGCCCUCACUAUGCAUGCUUGGAAAUGCAUUUACUAUAGGUUGCGGAUUCCCCGUGGAGUUCGAGGGGUCUCCAUGAUGACCACACCCUGCUUUGCUCCAUUCCCUAGCAUUUAUCUCCCUAGUGCCCCCAGGGGCAUUGCUCAAGGGAUGUGAUACAGGUGCAUCUAUGUCAGUACUGCCCAUCACAUCCUGGCGUGGGAGGUAAUGAAUCAAUGCCAUCAUCAACACUGCCACCAUCCCGUCAGCUACUGCUCCCUGUGCAUGCACACACACAUGCAGACACAAAAACACAUACACACCAACCCCUGCCAAAAAACCUGGAGCGAGGCAAAUACCACGAGCUCCCUGCCCCAGGGAUGGUCCCCAUGGUAGGUGCCAGGCAAGCCCCCAGAGUUGGCAGCUGUAAGGGCAGAAGGACAGGAGUGGGGAAGCAUGUGCGAGCCCCCAUAGCACAGAGGGGCCCAAAGGACACAGAGGACACAGGGAUGGGAUAUGUGAGGUUUGGCUGCAGUCCAGCAUGGGGAAGGCAUUAGGGCAGUCAGCGGGCUAGAAGGCAUCUCCCUAAGCAUUUUGCUGAGUAAAACCUUUUCUUGUGGAACAUAACUAAGGGAAAGCAUGCAAAAGCUAGAUGAGAGGUUCUCUCCCAGCCUUGGCCACUGGCGAGCCACCCUCGCCUGCCACUGUGAUUGGGAUUUGGUGUGAGAGACACUGAAGAACAACUACCACCCAGUCAAGCCCUGUGGCACCCACACUUAUCACAGAAUAGAAACGUAGAACCAUAGAGACUUAGCAUCUUUCCAAGUUGAUUGCAGCUGUUCUGGCAGCAGAAGGAUGCUUGCAUAGGAUCCCAGUCAGUUCUGCACACAAAGCAGCCCCAAGCAGCUGACUGAUAGCAUGAGGGCAUGGGGAGGGGCAGAUACUCUGCCUGCUCCGUAACAGGCAGCUCUUCCCUCUUAUCCUUGUGUUGAAAAUGUGCCCUCGUGUGUGAAUUUUCCAAGUGUUUAGGAAAUGGCAUUGGGAAUGGGUGAGGUCCUGGCACAGCACCAGGAAAAAGUUUCCACGGCUGCACUCUGGGUUUGGGGCUGGUGAAAUAGGUGCUGCUAAUUAGCUGCAGCCAUCAGCAUCUGCACUGCUGGUGUACAGUCACUGCAGCUUCAACCGUUUUGCCCUGUGCAUGCCCAAAAUCAUAGAAUUAUUAAGGUUGGAAAAAGAAACACUCUAAGAUCAUCCAUUCCAAGCACCAACUCAACCCACCAAGCCUACUAAACAUGUCCUCAGUGCCACAUCUCCAUCUUUCUUGAACACCUCCAGGGACGGUGACUCCACCAUCUCCCUGUGCAGCCUGUGCCACUGCAACACCAUUUUUUUGGAGAAGAACUUUUCCUGGCACAACCUCCCUGGUCCUGCUGGUGUCACCUGCAGAGAGGACCCCUAUCCUGGUCGAAGUCAAGGUGCUCCUCCAUCCUGCAGGGUUGAAUCAUCUCCCCCCACACACACCUGGAGAAUUCACAGGAGGUUGUGAAACGGUGGCACCAAGCCAGGGUGCGUCACUUGCCGCCCACAUCCACCGGCUGAUCCAGCACAGUGCUUGCCUCUGGAUGGAGUCGAGAAUUAGGAGUGUCUCAAAGCAAGCAAAACUUUCUGUGUUUGCAUCAGGACAAACACCCCAUGGAAAUACUGAGGGAGUGCUGAAAUGACACCUGGCGACCGGUGCUUGGUAGGGCCACCAGAACCCAGCACACGAGUGCAUCAGUGGCAGCUCUGAAGGCCUCAGUGCCGAGGGCUGAAGCUGGGUUAAAUGCUCUGGAGAUAACUCAAAAACCCAAUGUGACCACAUCUGUGCUCUGAGUGCACAGCCUCAUCUGCACCAGCAUGAGGCUGUACUCCCAGUUGGCAACCAUGGAUUGCUGGGGUAGACUGGUCAGACUGGAAAUAGGUGCCGAGGAGCUGUCCUGUGUGCAGCCUAAGGGCCAGACGCUGGGUAGGGUUCCAGCGCCUGUUCCUUCCCACUUCAAAGGAAGGUUUGUGCCUCUCCCACUGCACCACCAGCUGCUGGGAGAGCCUCGAGGGGCUGCAGGUGGCGGCGGGCCCAUCCCCGCUGUCUGCGAGCCCACGGGCAGGGCGGUUUUGCCCAGGUGGGACACGAGGGGACACCACACGUGGUAGCUGGGAAUACCUCGUGAUGCACCAGCACCUGCAGUGAGGAGGGGACUGAGCAUUAAGACUUUCCCCAGAGCAGCCAAGCAGCGUUUGCUGAGUCACGCGGUGCUGGGCUCUGCUGACUCAUGGCUAGCAGUACUCAUGGCUAGCAGUGCUCCCGGCCACGUGCCCGCGGGGCAGGAGGAAGCUGGCUGGCUGGCGCUGGGACGCUGGACUAACGGGCCUCGUGGCUGGGAGUGGGGCAGGAUUUGCAGCGCAGCACAUUUUUCUCUCUGCCCUAAGACGCCAGCCUAGCCCUGCUUUGUUUUCUCCCAAAGAAGCUUAUGGAUUUGGGGGGGCUCAAGCGUUGGCUGCUGGUGGGAUUUAUCCUCCUGGAGGAUGGGGCAGCUGGGUGCUGGGCUUUGACGGGCAUUAGAACUAAACAGAUCAUAGUAUUAUUAAGGUUGGAGAGACCACUAAGAUCAUCCAGUCCAACCACCAGCCCACCCCACCAUGCCCACUGACCACAUCC